AUGGCUGCCAACUACUGGGCCUCGACUCAGCGUCGUCAUUGGCUUUUCUCCAGAGAGAAACUCGCCGAUAUUCGGGAGAAACUACGUGAACAAGAUAAGGUCGCCCAUACACAGUUUCCGCUGCCGGAUCAGCGCCUGUUAAAUAUCUACUUCAAUCAACAGCUGAUCAAGCUGGGAAAGCGUAUGUCCACUCGACAACAGGCUAUUGCUACAGCUCAAGUCUACCUUAAGAGAUUCUAUACCAAGAAUGAAAUCCGCCAAUCCAAUCCAUAUCUCGUGCUCACCACGGCCUUUUAUUUGGCCUGCAAGAUGGAAGAAUGUCCCCAGCAUAUCCGUUUCGUGGUCGGAGAAGCCCGCGGGCUCUGGCCAGAAUUCAUUACUCCGGAUGUUGCCAAGCUAGGAGAGUGCGAAUUCGCUUUAAUCUCCGAGAUGAGUUCCCAACUCAUUGUGCACCACCCCUAUCGAACCUUAACGGAGAUGCAGGACGAGCUUCCUCUCAGCCCUGAUGAGGUCGCGCUGGCCUGGUCUGUGAUCAACGAUCACUAUUUGACCGAUCUCCCACUUCUUCAUCCACCACACAUCAUUGCCAUCAUGGCCAUUAUUAUUUCGGUCGUCUUCAAGCCCGUGCACUCGACUAACUUUGGUGGGUCGGCACAGACAGCCUUGGCCAGUGCCAUGCGGGAUGCAAGUUCGAUGAACAUGCUCGCCGCUCUAUCGGAUAAGACUAACCAUGGCCCUCCCCGCAUCCAAAAGCUGGUUCUUUGGCUGGCUGAGAGUGAAGUGGAUAUCAAGGCUGUUAUUGAAUGUACACAGGAGUUACUCUCCUUGUACGAGGUGUGGGAACAGUACAGUGAAAAGCACUGUAAAGAACUCAUUGGUCGAAUGGUGAAAACCAAAAAUUUAGAUAAAUAA